AAUUACAAAUCCAAUAUUUUUAAAAAUGCAUCAGUUAAAUAAAACUUGCAAAAUGCGAAAGUGACGCACUCGUGUAGGAAAAGCAAAAUGUCAGUAUUUGUUUAAAUUAGAAAUCCAGUCUGUGAUUAUCAGACACGAGGAUGACUUGUUUGUUGACAAAAAAGUGACAAUAACUUUGGACUUAACUCGAAUAAAUCAGUCAUUUUGAAACCGGUAAACAAUAGUGCUAAGAUUGAAAAAGUACCACAAAUGAAGUGAGGUUAAGAUGGAACAGUCCGUGUGCCCCUUACUCAAAGACCCCAAAUCGUACAAUCCCGACACGAUUGAUCUAAUCAAUGAUAUCAAAGAACGCAAAUACUGGUUGCCGUGUCUGGAAAACAUGGUCAAGAAAUUCGUCGCAAAGGCUAGUUCCCUGAAUCCAGACAAUCCAAAUGCUACCGAAAAUGCAGAAAUUUGUUUUCAAAAAUUCCACGACUUGGUUAUUAAAGCACUGGAAGAACCCAGCGUUUUAGCACCUUUAAGCAUCCGCACUUUAUUGGAAUUUAAUGAAGAUAAUUUGAGAAGUAACAGUUUCAAGGACGCUUGGUACAAACAGAAGGAAACUGAGACAAAAGCCGCUCUUAAAGAAUUCAAAGAGAGAUUAGACUUCAUUGACUCAAUUGCUGAUUUUGAAUCAAAGUGGUUGGAAAUCGUUACUGGCGUUUUAGCGGGAAAUGUGUUUGAUUGGGGGUCCACUAUAGUAGCUGAUAUUUUAGAAACUUCAACCAAUUUCGGGCUGUCGCAAGCUAUGAGUACAAUUGAAAAGAGACCUUGGUUUAAAGAUAACUUAGACAAUUGGAUAGAACGAAUUAAGAAAGAACCUUACAAAGAAGCUGUUGUUUUUGUUGAUAACGCAGGAGUGGACUUUGUACUAGGAAUUUUGCCUCUUAUUCGGGAAUUUUUGAAACAAAAUACUAAAGUCAUUGUGACUGCAAACACGGCCCCAGCAUUGAACGAUGUCACUUGGCACGAAUUAAAACUUUACUCUCAAGAAGCAGCUAGCCAAUGCCCCAUUUUAGAACAAUCUCUAAGAACGGGACAACUUGUGACCGUUGAAAAUGGCCAAAAGGGGCCUUGUUUAGAUCUGUCAACCUUAUCACCUGAGUUAUGUAGACUUAUGUCAGGAGCGGAUUUGAUUAUUUUGGAAGGAAUGGGCAGAGCAGUUCAUACAAAUCUCUACGCGAAAUUUAAUGUGGACAGUGUAAAACUAGCCGUUUUAAAAAAUGAUUGGUUGGCUAAGGGUUUAGGAGCACAACAAUUUUCAGUUAUUUUCAAUUAUGAGACAGCAACUUAACUCAAGUGACCUGUGAUCAACUUAGAUUAAGAAAUUUCAUUUUUGCAGAACUUUUUCACUGAUAGUGAUCAAAUGGGUUGUUACAUUCAAUAGAAAGUCUACCUACUGCCACCCAAAUGUUUAGUGAAAGAAAAUAAAGUUGUGUCAAUUUUGAAAAUAAAGGUUUUUUAUUGCAUUUUCAAAAA